AUGAAGCCGGUCAACAACAAGGGAAAGAUAACACCUGAUGUUGAGGAGCUGAAAAGAAGAAUUAUGCAGGAUACAAUGCUUUUAAAUCUUAUUAUGGAGCAAAAGAAAGGUAAAACCUUCGAGUCCGUGAAAGCAGACCAGACCGAAGCACAGAAGAAGCCGGAUUUUAUCGUAGAACACAUGAAAAAAAUGAUGGAAGUUUGUAAUGCUAAGGGGUUUGUUUAUGGAAUCAUCUUGGAGGAGGGAAUGCCCGUGACCGGAGCCUCGGAAAAUCUUCAUGGCUGGUGGAAAGAACGAGUGCGGUUUGCCGAAAAGGCGCCCGAAGCGAUCACGGACUACAAUGUCAAGAAAGUGUUUGGAGGAGUAGUGGACCAUUCUAGCAUGUCCACUCCUCACAUCUUACAAAAACUUCAUGACACUACCCUUGGCUGUCUUUUGUCCACUUUGAUUCAACAUUGUGAUCCACCACAGAGACAGUAUCCACUAGAAAAGGGUGUUGCGCCGCCAUGGUGGCCCACCGGUGAAGAGAAAUGGUUAUCGGAGAUAGAUGUGGACAAAAAAGAGCUCCCACCGCCAUAUCGAAAACCACAUUAUCUAAAAAAGGUUAUGAAGAUAUGUGUUUUGAUGGCUGUCAUUAGGCAUAUGUCUCCAAACAUGGACAAAAUUCAUAGUGUUGUUAUGCAUUCUAAGCGUUUACAAGACAAGAUGACUGCCAAAGAGGCGGCCAUCAUAGUAGACGCAAUUAAACACGAGGAGGUUCGGCUACAUCACGAAAGCUCUUCACCUGUAGCCGCUAACAAUGGUGUUGUUAUGGUCCAUGAGAACUAUGGAAACCUCCUUGAUUCUUUCAAAUCCCAAGAUUUGGAGCCGAAAAGGAAACGACCAAAGGAAAAUGAUUAUCAUCAUCAUCAGCAGCAGCAACAGGAUGUUAUGCUACAACCAAAUGCAUAUCUAAGCAAGUACUCUCGGGUGUACGACAACGGCAUACACUUCGAACUGAAAACAAACAAUCAUCAGAUGAAUGGCUCUAACUAUCAACCUCUUGCUGAUUUUCGACUUGUGAACCAUGAUGCAAUAUCCUUCAACCCGGCUCCACCGCUCAUGAACCAAACUGGUCCGCUAGUGAACAAGGUUGAUGCAAUUAGAGGCACCCAGAAUCAGAACCUCCUGAUGCAGCUCAACAAGGAUCUUGAUGCCAAUUAUCUCAUAGGGAGUGAUGAUGAUCUGGUGAACUUCUUGUUUAACCCGGAUGAUCCUAAAUUCGAGAGUAUAUGA